AAAAAAAAAGGAACCGCUUCCCCAAACGCUUUCCGGUCACGUGGUUGUCGAGUCAGCCAACCACAGAAAGGAACCGGCAGUGAGGUUACGUCAGCGCUUCCCCGGUCACCAUGGGAACUGUACCGCCCAUUCGGCUUCCGGGAGUGCGGCCUGGAGUUGACUGAUAGGAUGUAGACCCAAUCAGCGGUCGCUUCGGGAAGGGCGGGAAAGAUUGGCCCGCCCUCCGCGCGCAGACGCGCAGCGAUUGGUCAGAUGGGGCUCCGCUUCACCCAUUCAACCCAGUGGGGCGGUGCCCGGCGGUGUGAUUGGCAGCAUAGCAGCCAAUGAGCGGCGGUUGCUCUUCCGGCUCCACGUCGGCAGCGGCGAGCGCAAAAUGGAGGCGCUGAUCCUGGAGCCGUCCCUCUACACCGUCAAAGCCGUCAUCAUCCUGGACAACGAUGGCGACCGGCUCUUCGCCAAGUACUACGAUGACACGUACCCCAGCGCCAAGGAGCAGAAAGCCUUCGAGAAAAAUAUCUUCAACAAGACCCACCGCACCGACAGCGAGAUCGCGCUGCUCGAGGGCCUGACCGUCGUCUACAAGAGCAGCAUCGACCUCUAUUUCUACGUCAUCGGCAGCUCCCACGAGAAUGAGCUGAUGCUCACGGCCGUCCUCAACUGCCUCUUCGACUCGCUCAGCCAGAUGCUGCGGAAGAACGUGGAGAAGCGGGCGCUGCUGGAGAACAUGGAGGGGCUCUUCCUCGCCGUGGAUGAGAUCGUGGAUGGCGGCGUGGUCCUGGAGAGCGACCCCCAGCAAGUGGUGCAUCGCGUGGCCGUGCGGGGCGAGGACGUGCCCCUCACGGAGCAGACGGUAUCACAGGUGCUGCAGUCGGCGAAGGAACAGAUCAAGUGGUCGCUGCUGCGCUAACCCAGCCCCCCCCCCCGGCCCCCCAACACGCCAGACCCCCCCCCCCCAAUUCCCGUCUGUCGCCUCGUCUCUCCCU